UUGAAGCUUCGAUGCCCAACUCGCCUCUUUGUCUUCUUAUCAUGCACUGCAGCACUCCUGAGCUCAGAAAUUGAACCUACACAAGGGAUGAGGGUGACAUCCACGGGCCCGUACAGAAUCCAGAGGGCUGAGGGAGAGAGUGUGACCCUGGGCUGCACCUACUCACCAAGUCCUUUUGACACGGGAGAGCUUGACAUCGAGUGGACUGUGGUCAGUCAAGACACCACGCAGAAGGAUUACAUGUUCUUGUCGUACAGCGGAGGCUCCCAGUUUCGCCACAGUGGCCACGCUUUUGCAGAAGGGCUCAGCUUUGCUGCUGGCGACCCCUCCAACGGUGACGCCUCUCUCUGGAUCUCACGGCUGUCACCUGUUCAUAGUGCUACCUACCAGUGUAAGGUGAAGAAGUCACCUGGGGUGGACACACGGAAGAUGUCGCUGGUGGUAAUGGUGAAGCCAUCUGUACCUAAGUGCUGGGUCAAAGGUCAGGAGCUUGUUGGCGAAGCCGUUUCUCUGCACUGCCUCUCAGCUAAAGGCUCCCCUCCAUUAAGAUACAGGUGGAGGAGCCAAAGUGCACAACGUCUGCCGGAUGCCACCAUGCAGAACAGUGGGACGGGAGAGCUGAAGAUCAGCAACCAUUCUCCCAGCUUUGCCGGGAUGUACCUUUGUGAGGUGAACAAUGCCGUUGGAGCUGAGCGCUGCGAGAUCAACCUGAAAGCCAACAAGCCCCCUAACAGAGCAGCCGUGAUAGUUGGAACAUCCGUUGGUUCGCUGCUUCUCAUCUUCAUCCUGCUGGUCUUCGCCGCGUUGCUUUUCUGGAAAUUACGCAGCAGACGUCACUCUGAGAAGGAGUUCUCCAACGAGAUCAGGGAGGACGCGCAGCCCCCUGAGAGUCGCCCGGCCAGUCGGCGCACAGGCCGGAGCUCUGGUCAGCACCCACAGGUGGCUUUCCGGCAGGUGGACGGGAGCGAGGUGAUCUCCUUUAAUGAGGACGGCAGCGACGGACACACACCGGAGGACAAAUACGCAUCAGCGGAACAUGACAGCAAGUACGGAGAUGAGGUGUGA